AUGACACCCCCGAAGCAUGUCGCGGAGGUACCGCGAAGCAUCAUUCCCCGCUUGACAUGGAACAGCUCCAUCUCGCGCCCUCCUAUCUCCUAUAAGCCCGCCUUCGCGACAAGGCAAAGGCAGCAACACACUCAGGGCUCUGGUCCUCUUAAGCGGCAAUUACACUCACCGGAUAUACAAAUACAGGCCUCACGAGGCUAUUCAACAUCAUUCCGAAGCCCUCAUCUUGAAUCUCUCGUUGCCCGACGUCCUCCGCCCUCUACAACGACCUCAUCUGGGCUCCUCGGCAACCCUAUUCGACACAAUGGCGUCUAUGUCGCGACAUUCAGGCCUGCGCAGCGAGCUUUCCACGCGACGCCUGUUCGACCCCGUGACCACCACUUUGACACAUUGAAGUUCGUGAAGCGACUCCAGGCCGAAGGAUUCAGCGAGGAACAGGCUGUGGCUAUGAUGCGAGUGUUGAAUGAUAUCAUUCAAGAGUCUAUUCAGAACCUGACGAGAACUAUGGUUCUUCGGGAAGACUCCGAGAGAUCUACAUACACUCAGAAAGUCGAUUUCGCCAAACUGCGGUCCGAACUUUUGAACACAGAUUCGACCGAAACUCAACUCACUCGUUCGUCUCAUGAGAAGAUCGCUGCGGAUCUUGCCAAGCUUAACUCACGUAUGCGCGAUGAGGUUGGGCGAACACAAGCCUCAGUGCGCCUGGACCUGAACCUCGAGAAGGGUCGUAUUCGCGAAGAAGCCAAUGGUCAAGAAAUGCGAAUCAAGGAGACCGAAACACGCAUUGAGCAAGAAGUAGCUGGUUUGAGGGAACGAGUCGAGGCUGUGAAGUUCUCGACCCUUCAGUGGCUCAUGGGUGUCUGCACUGGUACCGCUGCUCUGAUUCUUGGUGCUUGGCGCUUGUUUAUGUGA